AUGUUGUACCAGAGGCGCAUGCAGGUGGUUCUGGCCCUGUGCCUACUGCUGGUCCUAUGGCAAUGUUUCCGAGCCCCCACGGAUGGCCUCAGCCCCUUCCCUUGGGCUCCCGCCUUCCCUGAUGACUCUGCUGCCCACUGCACCACCAAUGUGAACAGCUCCACAUGGUUCAGCACCCGAUACAACGUGACCACGGAGCUUCUGCUGACCGGUGCAUCCCACAAGCUCUCCUCUGAUGUGGUUCAGUGGUGGCUGACCCUGCAGGGUCCUUCAAGUGGUGCCCAGCUCCAGGACAUAAUUUGGCAGCUCUUCACUGUCCUCCAGGCCCCAACUGGUGGUGUGUGGGACUCAUCUCGCUGCAGGACUUGUGCUGUUGUGGGGAACUCGGGGCGGUUGAAGGGGUCUGGCUACGGGCUGCAGAUUGAUGCCCAUGACUGGGUUCUGAGGAUGAACAGAGCAAAGAUUGCUGGCUUUGAGCUGGAUGUUGGCGUGAGAACAACACAUCACUUCAUGUACCCAGAGAGUGCAGUGAACCUCGGGCCCGGCAUCCACCUCAUCCUCAUCCCCUUCAAGCCACUGGACCUGCAGUGGGUGGCCAGCGCCUUCUCUACUGGAGAGCUCACACACACUUACAUGAGAGUGAAACAAUUCAUCAAAGCUGACAAGAACAAGGUGCUGAUCCUGAGCCCUGCUUUUCUCAAGUACAUCCAUGACAACUGGAUGCAGCACCAUGGGAGGUACCCCUCAACUGGCUUCACAGCCCUGCUCUUUGCCCUGCAUGCCUGCCAGCAGGUCUCUGUGUUUGGCUUCGGCGCAGACAGUGACGGGAACUGGCACCACUAUUGGGAGAAAAACAACUGGUCUGGAGCCUUUCGUAGGACGAAGGUCCAUGAUGCUGACGUUGAAUUCAGCAUUAUUGAGAGACUGGCAAACGAAGGCAGGAUUUUAUUCUACAAAUGA